AUGGCGAUUCAACCGGCAGCAUCAUCAUCCCAUACCUUUACCAAGUACAGAUACGACGUUUUCUUGAGUUUCAGAGGCGAAGACACUCGCCACUCUUUCACUGUCAUUCUCUACGAUGCCUUGCUUAGGAAGGGAAUCAACGCCUUCAUUGAUGACAGAAAGCUUGGGAAAGGGGAAGAGAUCUCGCCUACGCUUCUUAAAGCCAUUGAGAGAUCAAGGAUUUCCAUUAUUGUGCUCUCUAGAAACUAUGCUACUUCCACUUGUUGCCUAGAGGAACUCGCCCACAUCAUUUGGUGUAAGAAGCAGAAGAAUCAGGUGGUCAUGCCCAUCUUUUACAAGGUCGAUCCGUUGGAUGUUCAGUAUCAGAGAAAUAACUUUGAGGAAGCCAUGGCCACCCUUGAAGAUAGGUUCAGAGAUGAUUUAGAGAAAGUGUGGAAAUGGAGAUACGAAAUUGGGUUUAUUGAAAGGAUUGUUGAAUAUGUGUAUGCUAUGCUUCCGCCUAAACCAUACCAUAACAUAGAACACAUGGUUGGACUUCAGCCUCGGGUAGAAAAAGUGAUCUCGCUUCUAAAUAAAUCUGACAAAGGUGAUUGCAUGUUGGGCAUUCAUGGAAUUGGCGGAAUUGGCAAAACAACCCUUGCAAAAGCUAUCUAUAAUUCGAUCCUCUACAAAUUUGAAGGUGCGUGUUUCUUGUUUGAUGUCAAUGAGGCAUCAAAAAAAUUCCAGGGCAUUGUUCAUCUUCAACAAAAACUUCUAUCUGAUAUUCUAGAGGAAAAGAUUACGAGGUUUGGUAGCGCUGACGAAGGAAUAUCUAAAAUAAAACACAGACUCUCCCGUAAAAGAGUUUUGUUGGUUCUUGAUGAUGUGGAUGAGACUGAACAGUUAGAACGACUUGCAGGGGGGUGUGAUUGGUUUGGUUGUGGAAGCAAGGUCAUUAUAACAACAAGACAUAAGCAAUUGCUCAUUGUUCAUAAUGUUAAAAGAACAUAUGAAUUGACGGAGCUAGAUGAUCAUGAUUCUCUUGAACUCUUUUGUUGGCAUGCCUUUCGUAUGAGCCUACCCCCUAAAGGCUAUGAAAAGAUGUCUAGUCAUGUGAUCAGUUAUGCAAAGGGCAUUCCUCUUGCUUUAAAAUUAGUUGGCGCCAAUUUAGCAAAUAAAAACUUAGAGGAAUGGAGGUCUACAUUGGAACAAUAUGAUCGGGUUCCAGAAACAACAUUACAUGAAGUACUAAAGAUAAGUUAUGACUGCUUACAAGAUGGUGCUAAGAUUAUUUUCUUGGACAUUGCUUGUUUCUUUGAAGAGGAGAUAUUGGGUUCUAUUGAUGAGAUAGUAGAAGCUUGCGAUUAUGGUGCAAGGUUUUAUAUUGAAGUGCUUAUUGAUAGAUCUCUUUUAGCUAUUAAUGAUGAUGAUCAUUUGUACAUGCAUGAUCUGAUAAAACAAAUGGGUAGAGAGAUUGUUAGAAAGGAGGCACCAUUGAAUCCUGGCGAACGUAGUAGAUUGUGGAAUUAUAAAGAUGUUCUUAAAGUACUACAUGAAAAUUCUGGAAGUACUAAAAUUGAAGGAAUAAUGUUUGAUCCUCCUCAACAUGAGGAAGUGGAGUGGAGUGGUAUAGCCUUUGAGAAGAUGAAUAAUCUUAGAAUUCUCAUUGUCCGAAAGGCCCAAUUUUCAAUUGGCCCUAGAUAUCUUCCCAAUAGUUUGAGAUGGCUUGAAUGGCAGGGAUAUCCUUUUACAGAAUUACCGCCAAAUUUUUCUCCAAACAAGCUAGUUGUCUUCAAGUUAUGUUUCAGUCCUUUCAGGUUGGAAGAGCCAUUCAAGAGAUUUGAAUAUUUGACAUGUAUGAAUUUCUCACAUUGUGAAUUCAUAACUGAAGUACCUAACAUGUCUCAAUUCCAAAGUUUAAGGAAACUGUUGUUUAGAGACUGUUACAACUUGAUCAAAGUUCAUGAUUCAGUGGGAUCUCUCUCCAAGCUGGUGGAAUUAGAUGUUGGGGGGUGCGUCAAACUUACAAGCUUUCCACAUGAAAUCAAUAUGCCAUCUCUUCAGAGUAUUGAUAUGAGUCACUGCAAGAGUCUUGACUACUUCUCACAUGUGGGAAAAAUGGAUGCACUAACCGAUGUUUGGGUUGAAGACACUUCUAUCAAGGAGCUCCCACCUUCCAUUGGAAAUCUUGCCGGGCUUGAAUCUUUAAAUUUAAGCUCUUGCAGAAAUCUUAAAGAGCUGCCUAACAGCUUAUUCACAUGUUCACCUAACUCUGAAGCUUUUCCAGAAUUUGAUAGAGUUAAAUCUAUCAGGGAAUGA